GGUUGGAAACCAGCAGGAAGAGAGGAAAAGCGCUUGUCUCGUGAGAUCUGUCAAGUUCAGACAAGUCAAGUCAGUAAACGUGCAGCUGCAACGCACCAUCCCUCCAAUCCACCAACCAUACUGCGCCCGCUGCUGUGUAGCUGUCUGUGGGGCUGUGGCCGAGUCAGGACAAAUUUGCGAGCGAGUCUGACUCGUUUGAAGAAGAGUCACAUACCCCAAAGUUUCCGGAAAUACAGCGCAGAGGGCAUCGGUGUGAGGAUGGCUGCGUACAAACUGGUCCUGAUCCGCCAUGGAGAGAGCCGCUGGAACCAGGAGAACCGCUUCUGCGGAUGGUUCGACGCGGAUCUGAGUGAGACCGGGGAGCAGGAGGCGAAGAGAGGAGGACAGGCUUUGAAAGAUGCUGGCUAUGAAUUUGAUAUUUGCUACACCUCUGUGCUAAAGAGGGCCAUCCGCACCCUGUGGUUUGUUCUGGAUGGCAUCGACCAGAUGUGGCUGCCCGUCCACCGGACCUGGCGCCUCAAUGAGCGCCACUACGGCGGCCUGACCGGGCUGAACAAGGCUGAAACAGCAGCUAAACACGGAGAGGCCCAGGUCAAGAUCUGGAGACGCUCUUUUGACACCCCACCCCCACCCAUGGAUGAGGAGCAUGACUUCUAUCAGAGCAUAAGCAAGGAUCGGCGUUAUGCUGACCUGACAGAUGAUCAGCUUCCAACCUGUGAGAGCCUGAAGGACACCAUUGCUAGAGCGCUGCCCUUCUGGAACGACGAGAUUGUUCCACAGAUCAAAGACGGAAAGAGGGUGCUGAUUGCUGCCCAUGGCAACAGUCUCCGUGGCAUCGUCAAGCAUCUUGAGGGUAUGUCAGAGGAGGCCAUCAUGGAGCUGAACCUGCCCACAGGCAUCCCCAUUGUGUACGAGCUGGACAAAAACCUGAAGCCUUUAGGACCCAUGCAGUUUCUGGGAGACGAGGAGACCGUAAAUAAGGCUAUGGCAGCUGUGGCUGCUCAGGGCAAGGCCAAGUAAUAACCUCCUCUAGAGUAGAGAUCAAUCAUGCUGUUCAGUUAUCAAGGUCAUUCAUUUUCAGUCUCUUCACAGACUUGCACACAUUCACACACACAAUGUGCACUUUAUUUUAAUAUGAUGCAGCUGUAACACAAACAUACAAUCUAGUGUUUGAUUUGAUUGCUCUAUACUUUGAUAUUCCAAGGUAUUGAAACAUAGAUUAUCAACUGUAAUAUGAUUUAUGCACUUACCAAAAUGCAAAUUAGGGACCAGUGAAUAGGAGCAAACCUACACUAACCUUGCAGUGUCGCCCCAAGUAUUCCAGUUUACAAUCUGUGUAGUUGAAGUUGAAUGGGAAUAGUAUAACCUAAGAAGUAACACUGGGCAAGUUGAUAUGCACUGCACUACUGAUUUUUGUUUGCUGUGGCAUUGUGAGAAAAAGAAUAAAUGUUGUGAGCCCUUA